AGGAGGGCAGGGUUGGCAGUGGGAUCAGAAGGCCAAGUUCAGAUCGGCUGCCUUGAGGGCGAGGAGCAGGCUCCAAGAUGGGUGAAAGGAAAGGUGUCAACAAGUACUACCCCCCGGAUUUCAACCCUGAAAAGCAUGGCUCCCUCAACCGGUUCCACAACAGCCACCCCCUCCGGGAGCGGGCUCGGAAGCUGUCCCAAGGCAUCCUCAUCAUCCGGUUCGAGAUGCCGUAUAACAUCUGGUGUGAUGGCUGCAAGAACCACAUCGGCAUGGGUGUUCGUUACAACGCAGAAAAGAAGAAGGUUGGCAACUACUACACGACUCCGAUCUACAGGUUCCGGAUGAAAUGCCACCUGUGCGUCAACUACAUCGAGAUGCAGACGGACCCCGCCAACUGCGACUACGUGAUCGUGAGCGGCGCCCAGCGCAAGGAGGAGCGCUGGGACAUGGCAGCCAACGAGCAGGUGCUGACCACAGAGCACGAGAAGAAGCAGAAGCUAGAGACGGAUGCCAUGUUUCGGCUGGAGCACGGCGAGGCGGACCGCAGCGCGCUCCGGAAGGCGCUGCCCACGCUCAGCCACAUCCAGGAGGCGCAGAGCGCCUGGAAGGACGACUUCGCGCUCAACAGCAUGCUGCGGCGGAGGUUCCGGGAAAAGAAAAAGGCCAUCCAGGAGGAGGAGGAGCGAGACCAGGCGCUGCAGGCGAAGGCCAGCCUGGCCAUCCCGCUGGUGCCCGAGACGGAGGAC